AGAUUGGGGGUGGGGGCGCGAGAGCUGGCUGCCAAGCUGGCUGGCAAGUUGGGUGCCACGUGCAUCGCCAGCACCGUCUUCCAUACUCCGCCCUCGAUUAUCUCUGGAUUAAACCGUCGUCCAUGCGUGGCGAAGGUCGUGUGAUCAAGGAACGCAGCAGCAGUUUUCCUCCUCAACACGUGAAUACGGUUUGCGGGGUUUCACUACGACAUGUCAUAAUCUGUCGUCAUCGAUCUUUCGCUCUGCUCUUGAUCGAACGCCCAUGCGCGCUUCGAGAGUUGCCAUCAAGGAACGCGGGUUUCCUCUUAAACAAGUAAAGGCAUAUUUCGGGAUUUCACUCCGUGGCGCCCUGUCUCCUCCACCCGCCCCUUCUCUUCCACCUACUUUCGGCUUUGAUCUCCAUCUUCCUCGUCGAUUUCGAAGGGGUACGGGCUUUUCCCCUACCCCCUUCUUCCUUCAUCUUCCUCGGGAUUCUGCGUUUCUUUCUGUUGCACGUUGUGCUGAUACCUCGCAGUCGCUCUCUCUCUCUCUCUCUCUGUGUCUGUCUGUGUCUCUUUUCUUAUCUUCCGUCCCUUUGCCGGGGGUGGUUGUCGCCCCAUCCCUGUCUCUCGCUGUUUCCUUGCCCUGAUCGAGAACUUCGCUGGCGCACGUGCCGUCUGUGCGUGACCGUGCUGCCGCCGGGAUCCACAGUUGAUGGGCAUGACUGCGCUGGGCGGGAUAUCUUGCAGUAGCCUGCCGAGAUGGUUCGGCGCGCUGAGACCGAGGGCGUUACGCGGUACCGGUAGGCCGUGUCCAGAUGAUGCAUAUUUGCCUCUUCCUCUCGAUCAGCGGCAACAACAGCAGCAACAGCAAGGCCGACAACAGCAGCAGCAUCAGCAGCACAACUCAGCCGGAUCCGAAGCCCGGGCCGCGGAGGCAGAUAAUUGUUCGGAUGGGGGUUUAAGGGCGACGUGGUUGGUACUUCAUGGAGUCUUCAUUCUGAUGGCAGCAUUUCUGCCGACAAGGCUCCACGACGCUCUUCACAGACACAAUUAUUGGUUUGCUGGAGGUUACUUUGGUGUCGUAUUGGCGACAUUUGCGCAAUACUGGUUCACAGCAGGUUCAUCUCCAGGGUAUGUAAACGAGGUGUUGAGGGAACUUCAGAAUGAAAUAGAGAGGCAAGAAGCAGAAGUACCAUCCACGCCAAGGUGGUCUGUUCCUCGUUGCCCAGGAUUCAGGAAUUCCCACAGCCUCAAUGGACCCUUCUCAACUUUUGGUGGGCCAAACCACAAUGUCAGGCUGUUCGAUCAGCCUCUGCUGCAUUCACAAGGAGCUGUCAUAAUCAAUGUAUCACUGCGAGAUGGAGCCGCAACAGAAUGGACUCCUCUUCUUCCUGGCAGCACCACUCCGCCGCCUGAUCUUCCCCCUCUUAAUGGAAAUGGAUCAAGUGGAUGGCUGCCAAGGCCAAAGGGACGUGUUCUCAAGAUUUCAACGAAAGAACUGGGUGCUUUGGAACGGCUGGUGGAAGAUGAAGCGCAGAUGCUGGGCCAGUAUGCAAGUGGCCACUGCUUUUAGAAUAGAACUACAAGUUGGAUUGCUGGAACUUCUGGCGCUGGAUGGACUGGUAGUUUUUUCUUGCACUCUGCUGGCCUGCUGCCUCAUCUUCCUCGCUUGUCUUUUGAUGUUUCACACGUA